GUUUUAUCUAGCAGCUCUGAAUACCGCACGGCAAGAGAGGCAUGAAAACUGAUAAGGAUAAGCGGGAUACAUCGCUGCUGGAUAUACGGAAGAAGACGGGAGACGCUCUGUGUUAUGCUGAUCUCUAGUCAGAAUGUCUGAGCGUCAGACCUACGUGAAGCUCAGUGAAGAGAAACUCAUACCAAAGUCUGACAUCUUGUCACUGCUGAGGACGUACAACUGUUACCACGAAGGGAAAAACUUUCAGCUGAGGACUCGUGAGGAGGAUGGAGAGCUCAUCCUCGAGGGGCUGUUGAACAUCUACUGGGGUCUUCGCCGACCAAUAAGGCUUCAGAUGUACGACGACAAUGAAAGAUUCCGUCUCAACAGAAACGACAGAUCAGCAACGGCAAAGCAGUUACCAGCGGAGUCUAACAAUAACUCACUGGGAAGCAAAACUGGACCAGCAGGUGGUGACAUGGGUGGCCAGGAGGAAGAGGACUCCCCUCAGCUGCUGAGGACGAGGAGUGACGCCUCCUUCAUGCGGGUUCAGAGGAGGUCAAACACACACACUGCCAGAGACCUGCAGCGUUUGCGCGCACACAGGUUCUCCAUCAACGGCCACUUCUACAACCACAAGACAUCUGUAUUCACUCCAGCCUAUGGUUCGGUCACUAACGUACGAGUAAACAGCUCUAUGACGACUGGACAAGUCCUCAACCUGCUGCUACACAAGUUUAGGGUGGAGAAUAAGUCUGAGGAGUUUGUCCUUUACAUGGUGCAUGAGUCUGGCGAAAGAACCCGGCUGAGGGACGGAGAAUAUCCGCUGGUGACCCGUGUGCUUUACGGACCCUGUGAGAAAAUCUCCAAGAUCUUCAUCACUGAGGCCGACCUGGGAGAGGAAGUCACAUAUGAUGUAGCCCAGUACAUAAAGUUUGAAAUCCCCGUUUUAGACAGCUUUGUAGAGAAACUUAAAGAAGAAGAGGAGCGUGAGAUAAACAAACUGACCAAAAAGUACAGCGCUCUCAAGUCUAUGAUUCUCCAUCAGCUCGAAGACAGAGCUCACACCAGCGACAGAGUAUGAGUGUGUGUGCGUGUGUGUGUACGUGUGUGUGAAAGGAGAAAGAAAGAGGAAAGGGUGGAUGCAACACUAAUGAUUGUUGAUUUGCUAUGGGAAGAUUUCCAAAUAUUGUAGUGAAUGUAGAGUUAAAGGUGAAAGGGUCUUUCUACUUGCAAUGUGCUUCUACUUUUAGAACUAUAUAUAUCUCACGGCUUUGUAAAACCUGUUUUGUUAAUAUUUUUACCAUGAACUGUGUUUUGAUAUCUGCUAUUAAUAUAUUCACAUUUUGUAUGAAAAUUCUUACUGCACAUACGGAUAUUUAUACAAAAUGUUUUUGGUAAUGUUUUUCUCUGACUUGGACCUUUUUAUGUAAUAAAUCAUCUUUAGUGUUGCCCUUAUAAAUUGCUGCUGAAUCUCUACUGACCCCAAACAUAAUACCCAGCUCAGGCUUCCCACAACCAAAACAGGCAACUUUAUUAUUUCCUGUACUUCUGACUGAGCACAGAUUAGCAUUGUUCUUUUAAGCAACUUUCUUUGCCAGCUAGUUCCCAUAAGCUUUGUGUGUGUGUUUGUGUGUGUGAGUGUGUUUGUGUGAACAUAACAUUACACAAUGGGGGUAUCCUGAGAAAGGAGGGCUGUUCCUUUUUCCCACAGUUUUACAAACAGAAAGACUGUUGUAAUAUUUGGUGGGCCACCCUUGCCCUUCAACAUUGACCUACAAUCGGUUGACCAGUAUUGUUCUUUGAUUUAUCAGAUAAUAGUAAUAAUAAUAAUAAUGCCUCCUACCCCCAACCCUCACACACACACAGAUAUGCACACAUUGCAUACUUACAGUUGAGUUUGUAUUUUAGCAAGGGGACAAGUAUGAAGAAAUGUGACAAAGAUGCAAAAGCAGCAGUGGUCAGCAGGAACAUCUGUGUCAUUUAGACACAACUCCUGAAAGUCAGUCAUGGGACUAUUGCUGAUACUAAGCUGAAGCAAAACUGUACCUUUUGAGAUUCUCCAAACCAGGCUGAUGUGGUUCGGGUAUCUAAUUAGGAUGCACACUCAACUGGGAGGAGACCCCAGGGUAGACCCAGAGGGAUUAUGUAUCUCAUCUGGCCAGAGAACAUCUGGAGAUACACCUGGACGAGCAGAAAUGGAAUGGAAUGCCAGCUUAGCCUGCUACCACUGAAAGCCGACCCCUGAUAAGAGGAAGAAAAUGGAUGGACGGAUGAAUGAAUAUAAGUUGAUGGAAAGUAUUUGAUAUGAUAGAAAUAUCUGUAACAAAUGGCAAAUAAAUCUUGAGAUUCGAUUGUC